GUGAGCUUUUCUGGUGCUUGUGACAUAUCUGUCGGGGGACUCAGCAAACAGUCUGCAGUUUCUGGAGCUGCUCUGAGCUGUUGGCAAACACUGGUCUGAAGAGAGAUUCGAAGACUUCAUGAAGUUGCAGGGUUCUUCUAAAAUCCAGCUCUCUGAUUAGGAUGGUACAACACCUGCCAUAGCUGUGGCACAAGAGUAAAUAGUAUCCUGUUCCUUCUGAAAAUUCCCUCUUGGUGUCUGGUGUAGCUUAGAGCAUCCCAGUGUCCAUGGGUGGCCCAUCGGGGUGGCCAGCCCUGCUCUCCCUGCUUUUGGUGGUGGCGAUACCUUUUUUCUGCUCAGCCAUAUCCAUAGAUGAAGCACGAACCCAGCUGUUGAUGAGAGAGAAGAUGCUACAGCUGGGGGGACAGCUGGUGCUGACUGAGCAGGAGGAGCUGGCCAAUGAGAGGCUCAUGGCUCUCAAAAAGGCUGAGGUGGUGCAGGCCAUGAAGAUCCAGAAUUUCCCUCCCAGCAUGCACUUCUUCCAGGCCAAGAAUCUCAUCGAGAAAAGUGAGGUGUUUAGUAUCCUGAAGAAGAUGCCAAAAGGGGCUGCCUUACAUGUCCAUGACUUCGGCAUCCUGAGCAUGAACUGGCUGGUGAAAAAUGUCACCUAUAGGCCCCACUGCCAUUUCUGUAUCACCCCGAAGGGGGCCCUGAAGUUCAAAUUUGCUUAUCCAACACCCCCUACCCCUAUGCCAGCAGAGUGUUCAGAGUGGGUUUUGCUGGAGAAGUAUCGAAAGGAGAUGCAGAACGUCACUGAGUUUGACAACGGACUGCUAAGGAAUUUCACGCUGAUGACCGAGAACCCAGAGGUGGAUUAUGCAAACCAAAAUAUCGUCUGGUCCAAGUUUCAAAGCAUCUUCUUCACAAUCUCUGGCCUUGUCCACUAUGCACCGGUGUUCAGAGACUAUAUUUUCCAGGCUCUGGAGGAAUUCUACCAGGACAAUGUGCUCUACCUGGAGCUCAGAGCCAUGUUGCUCCCGGUAUAUGAACUGAAUGGGACCAUCCAUAACCAAGAGUGGUCAGUGAGGACUUACAGAGAAGUGGCUUAUAUGUUUGCGAAAAAGCAUCCUGGAUUUAUUGGAAUCAAACUCAUUUAUUCAGAUCGCAGAUUCAAAAAUGUGUCCUUCAUCAUGAAAUCCGUCCAAACAGCUAUGAUGCUUCGGGCCACAUUCCCCAGGAUGGUGGCAGGCUUUGACCUGGUGGGGCGUGAGGACACUGGCCAUACCUUGUAUGACUACAGGAAGGCUUUGAUGAUACCCACCUUGCAGGGCAUUAAACUGCCUUACUUUUUCCAUGCUGGAGAGACAGACUGGCAGGGUACUUCCAUAGAUAGAAACCUUCUGGAUGCUCUAAUACUGAACUCUACCAGGAUUGGCCAUGGAUUUGCUUUGACCAAACACCCAGCAGUCUGGGCUGACUCCUGGAAGAAGAACAUCCCCAUGGAAGUCUGUCCCAUCUCCAACCAGGUUCUGAAACUGGUGUCUGACUUGAGAAAUCACCCUGCUGCUGUUCUGAUGGCCACUGGGUACCCCAUGGUGAUCAGCUCUGAUGAUCCAGCUGUCUUUGGUGCCAAAGGCUUAUCCUAUGAUUUCUAUGAGGCCUUCAUGGGCAUUGGGGGAAUGGCAGCUGAUCUGAGGACCCUUAAACAGCUGGCUAUGAACUCUAUCAAGUUCAGCACUUUGUUGGAUACUGAAAAAAAGGCUGCCAUGAAAACCUGGGAGGAAAGAUGGACUAAGUUUGUAGCCGACCUGGCUAGGAGGCCAGAGUGAAUUGUCUGGUCUGGAAAAAUGUAAUGGCCAGGGACACCAAGAGUCCCUGACAUGCCAGGCUUAUUGUAUAAGUCCCUAUUAUCUGGCCCCUGAUGAAUGCCUCGGUCUAGCUCCAUCCUGGAACUUUUCAUCAGCUGGCAGAGCUCCCAGGGAAGGACAGGGAGACUUCUCAAAACUGAGGGAAUGUUGUUGGAGAUGCAAAUCAUCCUGUUUCUCAGCAGGUGAGAAUUUGGGAUCCAGCCUUAGGGAAAACCAUGGAACAUUUUUCUUUUUAUCUUGAAAUAAUGUGAAACCUUCAGAAAACUCACAAGAAUAGUACAAAGAACUCUAACAUACGCCUUGUUUAGGUUCGCCAAUUAUUGACAUUUACAACAUUUGCUAUACCCUUCUCUCUGCAUAUAUAUCUGUAUUUCUUUUUC